UCUGGAGUUUGGCUGCGUUAGAUGCUACAUUUGACUUGUAACAUGUGGAGACAAAUGACCAUGGAAACAGUUGAACCACAAGAUGGCAGUGCAACAGACUCUAUUACAGAAAGUGAUUCUGCUAACAUGCAAUCCCCAAUCGGCCAAAAUCAGAUCUCCACUAUAGCUCAAGUUUCUGUAGCAGGAUCAACAACUGGAAGAGGAUCUCCCUCUGUAACUGUAGUGCAGUUCCCUUCUGGUCAAACUGUCCACGUACAGGGAGUGAUUCAAGCUACACAGUCUUCGGUAAUUCAGUCACCACAGUUGCAAUCUGUUCAGGUAGCGCCAGCUACAAAUGCAGAUGAAUCUACAGAAUCCGAGGUGGUAAUUGAUUCUCAGAAGCGGAGGGAGAUACUUUCAAGGAGGCCUUCGUAUCGAAAAAUUCUGAAUGAGCUUUCUUCUGAUGCACCUGGCGUUGCUAAGAUUGAAGAAGGAAAACCAGAGGAAGAAGGAGCACCUUCUGGAAUUCCUGCCAUGGCUGUGCCAACCAGCCUUUAUCAAACUAGCACCGGGCAGUACAUUGCUAUAGCCCAAGGUGGAACCAUCCAGAUUUCCAAUCCAGCAUCUGAUGGUGUUCAAGGACUACAAACAUUAACGAUGACAAAUUCAGGAGCUCCUCAACCUGGUGCUACGAUUGUACAAUAUGCAGCUCAAACACCUGAUGGCACUCAACAGUUCUUCGUACCUGGGAGUCAGGUUGUUGUCCAAG